AUGGUGGGGUCUGCAGAAAUACCUAAAAUGCUCACUCUGAUGGAAAAUAGCUGCCAUGUUGUUAGCUGUCCAGUGGAAAAGCUCACAUGGCACAAAACUGAGGGAUGCCUGUGGUCAACUGCCCAUGAGGAACUGAAUUCUGCCAAAGCCAUGUCAGUGAGCAANGUCAUCAUGAACCCCCGCCUCUGUAGCCUGCUGGUUCUGAUGUCUUUUUUGAUCAGCCUUUUGGACUCUCAGUUGCACUGCUUGAUGAUAUCACAACUUUCCUUUUGCACAAAUGUGGAAAUUCCUCAUUUCUUCUGUGACCCUUCUCAACUCCUCAAGCUUGCAUGUAAGGAUACUUCCACCAAUAAUAUGUCAGUUGAUUUUAUUGGUGCCAUCUUUGGUGGUGUUCCAGUCCCAGGGAUCCUUUUUUCUUACUAUAAAAUUGUUUCCUCCAUUCUGAGAGUCCCAUCAUCAGGUGGGAAGUAUAAAGCCUUCUCCACCUGUGGCUCUCACCUGUCAGUUGUUGGCUUAUUUUAUGGAACAGGCCUUGGGGUGUACCUCAGUUCAGCUGUCUCACACUCUCCUAGGAAGGAUGCAGCAGUCUCGGUGAUAUACACAACAGUCACUCCCAUGCUGAACCCCUUUAUCUACAGCUUGAGGAACAGGGACAUCAAGAGGGCCAUGAAGAGGCUCCUUAACAGAGCAGCCUAA